AUGAUCUACUCUCCAACGCUCUCUGCUGUCACGUUUGGCGACUGUGUCACAUUUCACAACGUGCAUAUUGUGGUUCUGGCCUUAAUGGCAAUGGUUUCCUCGGCGAAGGCCGGUGGAGGCGGAUACGGAAGCAGAGGAGGCGGUGGAGGAGGUGGCUUUGGUAAUGCUGGAGGAUUUAGUGGCGGUGGAGGAGGGUUUGCUGGACACGGUGGAUCUGGUGGAUUUAGCGGAGGUGCUGGAGGAGUAGGUGGAGGAGCUCGAGGAUUUAGCGGAGGAAGCGGUGGGCAUGGCGGCGGACGAGGUGGAGGCAGCGUCGUCCGCGCGCGCUUGGUCGGCGUUGGCGUUCUUCCUAGCGUCAGCGGCGGCUCGGGCUUCGGUGGCAGCAGCGUCGGUGGACGAGGACGAGGAGGUGGCGGAGGAAGCUACGGAUGGUAA